UAAUUAAAAAAAAAAACCAAAUCUGCGGAGGAGACGUUAAACAGAGUACUCACAGAGAAGAAUGUGGACGAAAGGAGAGUUAGUGUGGGUGAGAUUAAACCCUUCAGAUUCAUGGAUUCCGGGUCGGAUCCUUGAUCCGUCCGAACCGUUUGGAAUCCUCGUUUCCUUCUUCGACCUGAUGGAACCACGCUACGUUCCAAAACCCUGUCUCCGAAGCUUCGAUCGCGAUUUCGAAACUCUGGUUGCAGAUUCAUGGAGGUUCCGCCGCUUCGUGAACAGAGCUCUGAAAACGCACUUCUGGAACAUCUCCUUUGGGCUGUGGUGUUCUUGCCAAUCGCCGAUCGAUUCGCCGUACUUGGACAGAGAAAUCUCACUCCCUUUGUCUCCUCUUAGUUCGGACUCGGCUCUGAGUUUUGUUCGAGAGAUAGCCGUUUCGCGGCGAGUGCCUCUUCGGAUAUUAGCUGAGACCAACAGUUCCACCGCUCAGAUCCUUAGCUUUAAGCGUUACGCUGUUGAUUUCAAUCGCUCUGAAUCUUUUUAUGAACAAGUUAUAGAAAGUGCAAAGCUAAUGGAUCGCGCAGAAGAACCACAUUGGUAUCUCGAUCCCUCCAACAAGAUAGACUGCAUCGACGACAUGGUUUCUAUGUUUCCUGAGACAGAAGAUGCUGACGUAGACAACAGCAGUGAUUUGAGUCUAAGAGAUCCGUUGCCCAAGGAUAUCCAUUGCUAUUCUGUUGAUACAGUAGUUCAGACUUGGAAUACGAGGAGCCCUGUGAUCAGCUCUGAUUCUAGCGUGAUGAAAGCUUGUGCAACCAUGGCGCGGACAUCUAAUCAAGAGGAGGCAGCACACUCGCUGAAGAGCAGAGAACGCUGUCAAGUUGAGCAGAGUAUUUGCUUACUGAAUUCAGAAUCUCGUGUUGUAGAUAUAAUAGAGGAAGACACCACUCUUGCUGCCCAAAGAGAAGCACCUCCUGAAGUCAUGAUUGAAACGCAUGAUGACAUCACUGGUUCAGAUGAUAGAACUAUGACAUCCGCAAAACAGUUGUCACCCUUGCUUGAUGCGAGUAACAGCAAGGCUUUUCUGGCAAAGCCUGUUUCUUUUGUUGUUUUGGAAGCCUGCAAGAAUCUAGCUUGUUCAGUGGAAGAUUCAUCUGCUAACCCAAGAAGCAAGCUUGAUAGAUCUGUGAUGAGUGGCAAUACCCUGGACGAGGACCAAUCAGAUAGGAAUCAUUCCAAUGGAACACGUGACAACUGCCCUGACGAUGCAUUAGAGUCCCAUCUGAACGCAGGGCAGGUUUCUCUACAUAUUACUGGCCCUUCAAACAAAGAGUUCCGUUCUGAUGAUGUAGGCAUUGCACCUGUGGAGCAGUUACAUGACUUGGAAGUUGCAACAACUGUCAAAAACCAGACCAGUGCAGUUGAUAAUAUCAGAUCCACUGGGGCCAAAAGGAAAGCGAGUCGAGACAAAGCAUCUGGUAACUCCAAGAGAAGGAAGAAAGGAUCCCAACAAUCCAUUUCUGCUGAUAACCUACAGCUGUUGAAAGAUAAGCGUUUUGCUGAUCCAAAAUGCUUGCGAAUGAAAUUCUUGAGUACACAUGUGAAUCUCCCAUCCAAAUCAGAGCUGUUGAAGAGAUUCAGCGUGUUUGGGAAAAUAGAUGCUUUGAAAACUGAUGUAAACCCAGGGGGAAGGUCUGCGAAAGUAGUGUUCCUGCAGAGCAUAGACGCAGUGACAGCUUAUCAAUUUGCAAGAAGCAAAAAGUUUAAGCUAGGACGCUCUAAGGUAGUGUAUCGGCUCGAUGCCUCUGAGGGAGACACUGAAGUAAACAAAGCUCCUUUGUCUCGGAAGCCUCAACAGUCUGUUCCAUCACCAAGAUCAUGUCUUAAGAAACAUGGUUCGGUAGAUAAAGAAGAGGAGAGAAGUCAUCUCAAGGUGAAAUUCGAAACGACCAACACAUGAAGACCGUCAUUAAACUAGUUUUGUGCAUAACUUGUCCUCUUGUAUUAGUAGCAAAGGCCUAUACCUUACGUAGAACUUGCAAGUCUUUUUUUUUUUUUUUGCGCUGAAGGUUGUAUUUUCAUGCGAGAGACGACGUAGUUUACACAUGAAUAUAUAAAAUAGCUUU